AGACGAUGUGCAGCUGAAGAGUAGCAGCUAGCUAAGCCCCACAUCGUAUCAGUCCCAGUAGGAUCGAGCAGAGUAUCACACAUCUGCAGUUUAGCCAGCUCGGAAUCAUCGAACAAGAAUCAACGACGACCUGUUCCCGCUGCAGAAGCUCGAUCGCUAGCUAGCAACCAUGGGCGAGGAGGCCCCGAGCACGGUCACGGUGACGUCGCCGGCGCCCCACCUGCUCCUCAUAUGCUUCCCGGGGCAGGGUCACGUGAACCCGAUGCUCCGGCUGGCCAAGCGCUUCGCGGCCAAGGGCCUGCUGGUGACCUUCUCCACGACCUCCGACGCGGGGGCCAAGAUCACGGCGUCCACGGGCGUGGCAGCCGGCGGCGACGGCGUGCCGCUUGGCCUCGGCCGCAUCCGGCUCGAGUUCCUGGACGACCACUCGGGCGACGUCUCGGCGCUGGACGACCUGAUGAGGCACCUCCAGACCACCGGCCCGUCCGCGUUCGCGGAGCUUAUCCGGCGGCAGGAGGAAGCCGGGCGGCCCGUUUCGUGCGUCGUCGGAAACCCGUUCCUACCCUGGGCGGUCGACGUCGCCCACGACGCCGGGAUCCCCUCGGCCGUGCUGUGGGUGCAGUCGUGCGCCGUCUUCUCCCUCUACUACCACCACGUGCACGGGCUCGUGGAGUUCCCGGCCGAGGACGACCUGGACGCGCGGGUGCAGCUCCCGGGGCUACCCGCGCUUUCGGUCGCCGACGUGCCGUCGUUCCUGCUGCCGUCCAACCCGUUCAAGCUGCUGGCGGACGAGAUCCUGAAGCAGUUCCGCACGAUCCACAAAGCGUCGUGGGUGUUCGUCAACUCCUUCUCGGAGCUGGAGCGCGACGUGGUGGACGCGCUCCCUAGCCUUUCCCCGCCGCCGCCCCCGCUCAUCCCCGUCGGCCCGCUCGUGGAGCUUGAGGAGGACUCUGCCGUGCGGGGUGACAUGCUGAAGGCGGCGGAUGGAGUCGUCGGGUGGCUGGACGCGCAGGCGCCAAGGUCGGUCGUGUACGCGUCGCUCGGCAGCGUGGUGGUGCUGUCCGCGGAGCAGCUGGCGGAGCUGGCGCACGGGCUGGCGUCGAGCGGGCGGCCCUUCCUGUGGGUGGUGCGGCCGGACUGCAGCGCGAUGCUCCCGGAGGGGUACCUGGGGUCUGUCGCCGGGCGCGGCAUGGUGGUGCCGUGGAGCCCGCAGGACCAGGUGCUGGCGCACCCGUCCACGGCCUGCUUCCUCACGCACUGCGGCUGGAACUCCACGCUGGAGACGCUGGCGGCGGGGGUCCCCGUGGUGGCCUUCCCGCAGUGGGGCGACCAGUGCACGGACGCCAAGUACCUGGUUGAGGAGUUCAAGAUGGGCGUCCGCAUCAGCGCGCCGCUGCGGCGGGACGCGGUGCAGGAGGCGGUGGAGGCCGCCGUGGGCGGGCCGGACGCGGAGACGAUGGCGGAGAACGCGAGGGCGUGGAGCGCGGCGGCGAAGACAGCGGUGUCGCGCGGCGGAUCGUCGGACAGACACGUGCAGGCGUUCGUGGACGAGAUUGUGGCGCGAGCGAGUGGCGCGCAAGGGGAUAAGGAGCACCUGGCUGUCGAACAGUAAGGUUAUUUGAAUUUGUUUUGUACGGAGAACUGUUACUUAGAUGGUCCGUCGAUCUCCGGCGAAUAAAUGCGCGCAACUUUAUCGUAGACGAGUAGGCACUGUAGACUGUACUGUAGUACAGUACAAUGGGAAACAUCGAUCGCUAUGCUGAGCAUCACCGCCUCUGACUAAUGGUUCACGCUAUGUUGGACAUUGCCCUGAAGUCUGAAGAUGCCGCGUGAGCCUCAAUAACGAAUGCGCUGGUGCAGUUAACUAGCGGUAAAGCAUAUACAGUGCGAGCUGAAAGAAGCAAGUGAUUACUCCCA